GAAACAUGAAGGUGUUGCACAGAAUUUCUCCCUGAAAAGACUAAAGUGGAGCGAGGACACGUUCAUGACUCACUGAGGACCAGACAGCAAAACAAUGUCUGAAGCUGAUGUAACGUACACGGAUGUUCAGUUCAAAACAACAAAGACCAGUGCUGUUCUUCCAUCAUCAAAUGACACCACGUACGCUGAAGUCAAGACUUUUAAAUCAGAGCCACCAGUCUGCGUUAACUGCAGCCAGCAACAAGCCGGGUCAAACAGCGAGCGUCAUGUGACCUCAGAGCGAGCGGCGCUGCUGGUCUGCAGCGUUCUUCUGGUUGCUGCCGUCAUCACUCUCGGAGUCACUGCAUUCAGCGAUUUCAGAUGUAAAGAAUAUAAACAACUCAAAGAGGAGAAUGAAGCUCUGAAGAAAAAUCUAUCAGAACAGACAACAUGUCCACCACCUGGACUAAACCUCAAUGAGAAAUGUCUGAAGUGUGAAGCAGGCUGGGAGCUUCAUGGAGUAAAGUGUUAUUAUUUCAACACCACUAAAUCAUCCUGGAAGGACAGCAGAGAUGGAUGUAAACUUAAAGGAGGACACCUGGUGAAGAUAGACAGCAGGGAGGAGCAGAAAUUCCUGGAGGCAAGACUGAGAGAGAAAAUGGAGGAAGCUGAGGACAAGUUCUGGAUCGGACUGAGAGACUCAGAGGAAGAAGGAAGAUGGUUGUGGGUGGACGGAUCAUCUCUGGACACAUGUUUGAAGUUUUGGAACGGCAAGGAGCCGGAUAACUGGAAAGGAGAAAAUCCUGACGGAGAGGACUGUGUGAGGAUGGGGGAGAAAGAAGGAGCUGCUGAUCUGAAGUGUUGGUUUGAUAAAUCCUGCAACGUCCCUCAUAAAAGUAUUUGUGAGAAAGCAGCAGAAACUAGAUGAAUUUAAUCUGUAAGAGUUUAAAGUUCAGUUCAGCUUCUUUUACUUUUUUCCUAUUUGUCCUGUCCAGCAUCAUGACAGCAGAGUCAUGGUCUGGCUGCCGUGUUGUGGUGAACAAAUAUGCUUUGCCAGGAGGAGCUUAAUGGAUGUAAGGCUCCUCAUGAUAUUUUAUUAUUUGUUAUUAUUUUUAUUUUAUUAUCUUUUUUUUUUUUUUUGCUUAAUGUACAAGUUAAACAGAACAGAGUUUUUGAACAGAAGAGAAAAAGAGACAAAUGUAGAAAGAUAGAAAGCAACAGCAUCAUCUGUUCAAUCUAAACAGAAAAACCAGACAACCAGUUACUACACCUGUAAAGAAACAAAAAACGGCUUCAAACAAGCUGAAAAGUAGCAGGAAAUAGCCACCGCGAAGCAUGAGUCCCAGCUGGCCCAGGCAUCCACCCAGACGACAGCAGAGGACAGCCUCAGCUACAGUCCCCCACGGCCAUGGAGCACAGGCCCCAGGGAGCCAGGGACAACAGCUACCCCACUGGGCAGCAGCUACCCAAAGACAGGCAGAGCCCCUACGAACCCAAGAACCAACCAGGUCCCCCCAAGAAAAGUUUAGAACAGCUUUUAAAACAAUCUCAGUUCAGGAUCCAGAAGCUGUAGCGAUGCCAUUUUCAUAAAUCUAAACAUUUCAUUUUUCCUUCCAAACACGUUGAAACAAACAUGAAAUACUCUGAUUUCAUUCUUUGUCUUAUUUUCUUCUUACAACAGCAGGUCCAACUGCAAAAUAUAUUAAACUAUUUUCA